AAUCUUCUACAACUCGCUUCUCCUUCGUCAAUCUUCAGUCUAGCCUCUCUCAUUCCUACUACUAGCAGACGAUCCAAACCCUAACACACUUCUCAACCUUCGCCAAAAUCUCCUGCGCUGAAUGAAAGCCUGCUGUAAUGAUCUACUGGCACAAAGUUACCGCCUUUGAGUCUUGCUGAUCAGUUCCACAGCCCCUUUAUGUUGAUUGUCCUGAUUUAGUAGGAAUACUUUGUAAAAAGAAGAAAAGAACGAUUACAACCCUCAAAUUUUGUAAUUUGUAAAUGAUGCAACAUUUUAUAUUAGUUUCAGAUAUUUUGACAGAAAUAUGUUGACCUGACUUGGAUUUAUCUCUUCUUUCUUCUUGUUUGGUCUGCUAUAUAUACCUGCAGAGUUUUUGGGUUUCUAAUUUUGUAUUGAUUACAUAUUCAAAAGAAUUUUGGCACCUUUAAGUUGCAUUGUUUGGCUGCCUGAACUCCAAGAAAUUUGUUUUGCUGAAAAAUGGAGAGCUUGGCACAACUCGAAGUGUUGUGUGAGAGACUUUACAACUCACAGGAUUCUGCUGAACGAGCACAUGCAGAGAACACUCUCAAAUGCUUCUCACUAAACAGUAGCUACAUCUCACAGUGCCAAUACAUAUUAGACAAUGCAUCAACACCUUAUGCACUAAUGCUGGCUAGUUCAAGCUUGUUGAAGCAAGUGACAGAACAACACCUAUCUUUGCAGCUUCGGCUUGAUAUUCGAAACUAUAUUAUAAAGUACCUGGCCACAAGAGGACCUGACUUGGAGCCUUUUGUAACUGCAUCUUUAAUUCAACUGUUUUGCCGGGUUACAAAGUAUGGGUGGUUUGAAGAAGACAGUUUCAGAGACGUGGUUAAAGAAUCAACAAACUUUUUGAAUCAGACACCAUUGCAUUAUGCCAUCGGUUUGAAGAUAUUGAAUCAGCUCAUCUCUGAGAUGAAUCAGCCAAGUCCUGGGUUGCCAUCUGCACAGCAUCGUAGGGUGACUUGCUCCUUUAGAGACCAAUCACUUCUUCAAGUAUUUCAAAUAUCCCUUACUUCACUGUCACAACUGAAGAAUGAUGUUGGUGGCAAGUUGCAAGAACUGGCAAUUGCACUAUCUCUCAAAUGUUUAUCUUUUGAUUUUAUGGGGACAACAGUUGAUGAAAGUUCAGAAGAUUUUAGCAAUAUUCAGAUACCGUCUGCGUGGAAGCAAAUCCUUGAGGAUCCCUCAACAGUACAGAUAUUUUUUGAUUACUAUGAAAACAAUGAACCUAAUGUAUCAAAGGAGGCUUUGGAGUGUCUGGUUCGCCUGGCUUCUGUGAGAAGAUCAGUGUUCACAAAUGAUACUGCUAGGAUGAAAUACUUGUUGCACCUGAUGACAGGAACCAAAGAUAUUCUCCGAACAGGGAAAGGACUUACACUUCAUGAUAAUUACCAUGAGUUUUGUCGUCUUCUUGGACGUUUUAAAGUAAACUUUCAGCUGCAAGAGCUUGUAAAUGUUGAAUGCUAUGGUGAUUGGAUACGUCUAGUGGCUGAAUUUACUCUGAAAUCUCUACAGUCGUGGCAGUGGGCCAGCAGCAGUGUUUACUACCUCCUUGGACUCUGGUCUAGGCUGGUUUCAUCUGUACCAUAUUUGAAGGGGGACACUCCAAGCUUGCUGAAUGAGUUUGUACCUGAGAUUGUCAAGUGUUUUAUCACAUCGAGAUUUAGUUCUUUUCAGGCAGGACUUCCUGAUCCCUCAGAGAAUCCCCUUGAUAAUGUGGAGCUUUUACAGGAUCAGCUUGAUUGCCUUCCUUACCUUUGUAGAUUUCAGUACGAGAGCUGUAGCUCGUAUAUUAUGCAGAUUACAGAUCCUCUUCUGCAGUUGUAUAUGGAAGCGGUUGAUCUCCAAGUCAUUUCUGUGGUUGAAACUAAACUUGCUUGGAUAGUGCAUAUAGUUGCAGCUAUUGUUAAGACAAAACAACUCAGUGGUUACAGUGGGGAAUCGCAAGAAAUCCAUGAUGCAGAACUUUCAGCACGUGUUCUUCGGUUGAUAAAUAUCACUGAUAGUGGUUUGCAUACUCAGAGGUAUUCUGAAACAAACAAACAGAGGCUUGACAUUGCUAUUCUCAUCUUCUUUCAAAACUUCAAAAAGUCAUAUGUUGGAGACCAAGCAAUUCAUUCAUCUAAGCAGUUAUAUGCUAAAUUGUCUGAACUUCUUGGGCUUCACGAUCAUAUGCUCAUCUUAAAUGUCAUCGUGGGAAAGAUUGCAACCAACCUUAAAUGCUACGGCGAGAGUGAUGAAGUUAUUGAUCAGAGUUUAAAUCUCAUGUUGGAAAUGGCUACUGGAUAUAUGACUGCAAAGCUUCUUUUGAAGUUGGAUACUACUCAGUUAAUAAUCUCCAACUGUAAUAGGGAACAGUUUCCCUUUUUAAGAGAUUACAGAAGCUCACGCAGCAGAACAACAUUCUAUUACAUAUUGGGCUUGUUGAUCUUCAUGGAAGACAGCUUUUUGAAAUUUAAAGCAUCAAUGGAUCCUCUUCUACAGGUUUUCCUGAGUUUGGAAUCAAUACCAGACUCAUUAUUUCGCUCGGAUGAUGUGAAACAAGUUUUAGUUGGAUUGAUGAGAGAUCUUAGAGGAAUUGCAAUGGCUACCAGUAGUCGGAGGACAUAUGGUUUCCUUUUUGAUUGGCUAUAUCCAGCACGCAUGCCACUUAUACUGAAAGCCACCACUGUAUGGGCUGAUGUUUCAGAGGUCACAACACCAAUACUCAAAUUCAUUGCUGAGUUUGUGCUGAACAAGUCCCAACGCUUAAAUUUUGAAACAUCAUCUGCCAAUGGAAUACUACUUUUCAGGGAAGUCAGCAAAAUGAUAGUUGUGUAUGGAUCAAGAAUUCUGUCUCUUCCCAAUCAGGUGGAUAUGUAUCAGUUCAAGUACAAGGGGAUGUGGAUUUCUCUAACUAUUCUCGUAAGAGCACUUUGUGGUAACUAUGUCAACUUUGGCGUGUUCGAGAUAUAUGGGGACAGAGCACUUGCUGAUGCUUUAGAAACUGCUAUGAGGAUGGCUUUAUCUAUUCCUUUGACUGAUGUACUUGCAUACAGAAAGCUUGCAGCAGCCUACUUCACAUUUCUGGAGGCUCUAAUGAAAACACAGAUCUCAUUUGUUUUGAAUUUGGAUACAAGCAGCUUUAUGUUUAUUGCUGGAUCUUUGGAGUCUGGUCUUAAAGUACUGGAUGCAAAUAUCAAAUCACAGUGUGCAUCUGCUGUAGACAACUUGGCUACUUUCUAUUUUGAAUGCAUAACAGCUGGAGAGUCACCUACUUCCUCAGCCGCUCUAAAACUUGCUCAACAUUUCUCAGAUUGUCCUAAUAUUUUUCUUGAAAUAUUGAAGACUCUCUUUGAGAUAGUUUUAUUCGAAGAUUGUGGCAACCAGUGGAGCCUAAGUAGACCAAUGCUGAGUUUAAUAUUAAUAAGCGACGAGAUGUUCUCUAAUUUGAGGGCUCAGAUUUUGGCUUCACAACCAGUGGACCAACAGCAGCGCCUUUCCCUGUGCUUCGAUAAACUUAUGUCCGAUAUAACUCGAAGCUUGGAUCAGAAGAAUAGGGACAAGUUCUCCAACAAUUUAACUAGAUUCAGAAAUGAAUUCCGGACCAGAUAAGACACUCUCAGCUCACUUAGUGCCAUUUUGUAUAUGUUCGCUCCUCCCUUCACCCCCUCCAAGACAAAUGAAAAAAAAAAAAAACAGAUUUUAAAAGAAAUGCAACAAGAAAAACAAAAGAUAAGAUAGAUCAAUGUAGAAGAAAAGAAACAUACAGUAUUUGAAGCAUUGGAGGUGGUUGAAUUACAUACUCUCAAAAGAUUCAGUCUUUUAGCCUUUCUUUUCCCUUGUUGUAUGUGACCAAUAUCUGUAUUCUGUACAGUUAUUCAUUUUGUGAAUUGGGGUUUUGCCUUUUAUGGUGGCUUGCCUUCACUUAGUUGCCCAUAAAUUUCAUAUUGUCGGGCUUUUGUGCUCUUGAGAUGAAAUUAUAUAUGAAAAACCCUAAGUUGGUGAUCAA